ACUUCCACUUCCGGCCGGCGCUCGGGCUCUGCACCUGGACAGGGCAGCGGUAGGGCAGCGGUUGGCCGGCGGUUGCGCUCCUCAGAUUGGCUGCCUUCCGGGCGGCGGCUUGCGUUUGAGCUUCAGAAAGCGAGCAGCGGCCUCCAGGAAGCCAAGCUGGCCGAGCGCUUUUAGGAAGAAGAUCCUUUUAUUGCUUUUGUACAAGACCAGACAGGAUCUCAUUUGUCAAACGUGAUACCAAUUGGGUGUCUUAACACAGGAGCAGAACUUCCUAAAGCAGAAUGAUGAUGGUAGAUCUGAAAGUGGCUGCGUACUUGGACCCUCAGAUCAGGGCUUUGUGGGAGACCAAGGAGCCUGCAAGAGAGAGCUCCGGUCAGAGUAAAAAAUCUCAAAUGGACAGUAUCGAUCCUAAGAGCUCUUGCUGGCGCUUCCGCAACUUCACCUAUGAUGAAGCAGCUGGACCUCGUGAGGCUGUCAGCAAACUUCAAGAAUUAUGUCAUAUAUGGCUGAGACCAGAGAUCCACUCAAAAGAGCAGAUACUGGAACUGCUGGUGCUGGAGCAGUUCCUGACUAUUCUGCCCAGGGAGACACAGACCGAGAUGCAGAAGCACCAUCCACAGAGCAUUGAGGAGGCUGUGGCUCUGGUAGAACACUUGCAGAGGGAAUCUGGUCAAACAUGGAAUGGGGUCCAUGAGCUGGGAAAGGAGGCAGUGCUCUUGGGAGAAACAGCAGAGGCCUCAAGUUUCAGGCUGAAGCCAACAGAGUCCCAACCAGUGGGCGUAUCCCAAGAUGAAGAAUUUUGGAAUACAUACCAGGGUCUGCAAGAACAGCUCAGCAGGAAUACUCAUAAAGAGACUGAGCCUGUGUAUGAGAGGGCUGUGCCUACUCAACAGAUUCUAGCCUUUCCUGAGCAAACAACCACCAAAGACUGGACAGUGACACCUGAGCACGUCUUGCCUGAGUCCCAGAGCUUGUUGACAUUUGAAGAAGUGGCCAUGUAUUUUUCCCAGGAAGAAUGGGAGUUAUUGGAUCCCACUCAGAAGGCCCUCUACAAUGAUGUAAUGCAGGAAAACUAUGAGACUGUCAUCUCUCUAGCAUUGUUUGUGCUCCCCAAACCUAAAGUGAUCUCCUGUCUAGAGCAAGGGGAAGAGCCAUGGGUUCAAGUAUCCCCGGAGUUUAAGGAUAGUGCCGGAAAAUCUCCUACAGGGUUACAGCUCAAAAACGACACUGAAAAGCAUCAACCUGUAUCUCUUUCUGACUUAGAAAUACAAGCAUCAGCAGGCAUCGUAUCAAAAAAGGCCAAAGUAAAAGUUCCCCAGAAAACAGCAGGCAAAGAAAAUCAUUUUGAUAUGCACAGAGUGGGAAAAUGGCACCAAGAUUUUCCAGUGAAGAAAAGAAAGAAACUUUCAACCUGGAAACAAGAGCUGCUCAAACUUAUGGAUCGUCACAAGAAAGAUUGUGCAAGAGAGAAGCCUUUUAAAUGUCAGGAAUGUGGGAAAACCUUCAGAGUUAGCUCUGACCUUAUUAAGCACCAAAGAAUUCACACUGAGGAGAAACCCUAUAAAUGUCAACAGUGUGAUAAGAGGUUUAGAUGGAGUUCAGAUCUUAAUAAGCACUUAACAACACACCAAGGAAUAAAACCAUAUAAAUGUUCAUGGUGUGGGAAAAGCUUCAGUCAAAAUACAAAUCUACAUACACACCAAAGAACUCAUACAGGAGAAAAGCCCUUCACAUGUCAUGAAUGUGGAAAAAAAUUCAGUCAGAACUCCCACCUUAUUAAACACCGCAGAACCCACACAGGUGAGCAGCCAUAUACUUGUAGCAUAUGCAGGAGAAAUUUCAGCAGGCGGUCAAGCCUUCUUAGACACCAGAAACUCCACCUGUGAAGAGAAGCUUGUCCAGUGUCCUCAUUCUGAAGACAUUACCAAAUGGAGCUUGACACUAAAAUUUAUGUAAAACAAAAAUCACAAACCUUGAAAAACUUUACAUCAGAAAAUGGGGGGAUAAACAUAGGUUUCACAGAAAAUAAUCAAGACUUGCUCUGCAGCCACUCGGUAGUCUUCUGUGGUCACAGAAGUAAACAUUGUUGGUUUUGUAUUGAUCUCUCCGGCCAUUUUUGAACACAUCCAGUAGAAACAUUUGCAGCAUGGUCUUCCAAAACAAAAAGCAGUAACAUGCAUGUUUAAUUGGAUACCAUUCUUUUCACAGUAGCAGGCUUACCAAUUUCAAUAGUCUCAUGAGGCAGAAAUGAAUUACAAUGUAAAGUGUUCCAAGAACCAAAUUGGAUUUUCUUUCUUUUGUCAUUGGACAAGGUUUGCAAAGUUGAACAUCAUUUGAGUUCCUUCUUGAACUUUUUGGCAACUUCUCUUGGAUCCUGUUAUCACAGUUUUUUACUGUGAUGAAAUCAUGUUAACUUCAGCACUAGGGAAUCUCUAGAUGAACUAUUAAUGCACUAUCUCAUGCCUCUCGUCGGUGAUGUUUGGAAAAUAGAAAACAUCGCUAAUGUAAUCAUGGGGAAACGGGUUGGAAUUUGUAGCCAUGGAAUAUAUAUUAGAUGUAAAGAAUUUUCUGCAGUAAAAGAAACUAGAUUUGUUAA